AAGGUUGGUAUUAGCAGUAUUAGCUGCAUUAAGGUUAUGAGCAAUAUUGAUGUUAGUAAUAUUAAGAAUAUAAGUAGCAGUAUUGAAAUUGGCAGCACUAGUGUUGGAGUUGAUAUAAGUAAUGGUAUUGAGGUUGGCGGCACUAGUGUUGGAGUCUUGGACAAUAG